GUCACGCUGACACUGCAACAGCGGCAAAUGUUUUUGUUUUGUCAGUUAUUUCAUUUGCUUAUGUAGCCUCAAAAAAAAAAAGAUUACACAAAUUUGUAACAAAUUCCAUAGCGACAUACGUGAUAAAUAGCACACAUACACACACAUAAUGUUUGCGCUAAAACGCCUGCCACGUUUCUGCCUGUUGCGCGCAAUCCACCAACAGCAACAAAGCUCCACGGCCAAGUUCUCCAAAUACGCCACAACAGGUGCCAAAGGCACAGGACAGGUGGAGGAGACACGUGUGGCCGGCGCUGGCAGUAUUGCCGACGCUCUGCGCAAUGGACAGCGUGCUCUAGGGCAGCCCACAAGCUACACGCAUCCGCAUCUAAUAAAAGCCAAUGAACUUGUGCCCGGCGUGGAGUUGAGCGAGUUCCAAUUGCGGCGCACGUCGCUGAUGCAAGGCCUCAAGGCGUAUGCCGAGAGCUUUGGCGAUGAGUUCAAUGGGCGAGCCUCCAAGAGUCAUAUGCUGGUGAUUGGCGCAGCAGCCAAAAAGUACAUGAGCGGCAAGAUACCGUAUGUGUUUCGCCAGAGCUCGGACUUUUACUAUUUAACCGGCUGCCUGGAGCCGGAUGCCAUACUCAUGAUGACCAUCGACGAUGCGUCGCAGGUGCAAUCGACACUCUUCAUGCGCCCCAAGGAUCCCCACGCCGAGCUCUGGGAUGGACCACGCACAGGACCCGAGUACGCCGUCCCGCUGUUUGGUGUACAGCAAUCAUAUCCCAUCGACAGCUUUGCGCAACUGGCGGCCAAGAGUGUGUCCCAUUUGAAGCCACAUCUGUGGUUCGAUCUAAAGCAUUCGGAGCUGCCGCAGCUGAACGAUGCCAUGCUGCAGCUGUGCAACAGCGAACGGGCACGCCUCCUGCCCGCCUACAGCUUUGUGGAGAAUAUGCGACUGCUCAAAUCGCCGGCGGAAAUGCAAUUGAUGCGUCGCACUUGUGAAAUUGCUUCGCUUGCUUUUAACGAGGUGAUGGCGGAGACGCGACCGGGACAAUCGGAGCAUCAGCUGUAUGCAUCGAUAGACUUCAAGUGCCGCAUGCGCAACGCCAGCUAUUUGGCUUAUCCACCUGUUGUGGCUGCCGGCAAGAAUGCCACCGUAAUACACUAUGUGAACAACACACAGCUGCUGCAGCCAAGGGAGCUGCUGCUCAUGGAUGCGGGCUGUGAGUACGGCGGCUACACCAGCGACAUAACUCGCACUUGGCCCGUGAGCGGAGAGUUUACGGAUGCCCAGCGCACGCUCUACGACAUGAUGGAGCAGCUGCAAAAGGAAACAAUUGAACUGAUCAUGCAACCGGGCGGCGAGUCGUUGGAUCAAUUGUUUGAGACCACCUGCUUUAAGUUGGGCAAAUAUCUGCAGGAGAUUGGCCUGGUGUCGAAGCAUUUGAGUGACUACAAGGAGCUGGCCAGUCAGGGCUACAAAUUCUGUCCGCAUCAUGUGUCGCAUUACCUCGGCAUGGAUGUCCACGAUACGCCGCAUGUGCCGCGCAACACACGCCUCAUGCCGGGCAUGGUCUUCACCGUUGAGCCAGGCAUCUACAUUGAUGAGCAGCGCACGGAUGUGCCGCCCGAAUUCCGUGGCAUUGGCAUACGCAUCGAGGACGAUAUACUGAUCAAUGAACAGGGCCAAGUGGAGGUGCUGACAGCCAAAUGCCUGAAGGAGCGACGUGCGCUCGAGAAUCUCUUCAAGGUGAAACCGCAGCAGCAGCAAGAUUGAAGCGCAUAUUUCUGAACAAAAUUACUAGUCAUAAAUCAGUGUAACACAGAGAAAGAGAGAGAGAGAUAUAGUAAGAGAGAAGAGUAGCUAAAUAAGCAGUAAAAUUUAAAGGCAAUUGUAACAACAGAUGAACUAAAGCUGAGCCAAGAAAGCAACCAACAAAAAAAUCUAUAUAAAGACAAAGAGAUAGAAGGAGUAAUCAAAGAUCAACAACACAAUCUUGUACAAAAUUGAAGCUCUGAACUUUGACCGCAUUGUUAACAUUAUAUUUAGAUGCAAACAGAAUCAGAUUUCCAAUUCAAAGGAGCAACUAAAUUUGUUAAUUAGCAAGCAUUCAAUUCAAUUGUUAUUACAAAAUUGAAGCUCUGAAGUUUGACUCCGCAUUGUGAACUUUAGAUUUUAAUGUGAAGAGGAUCAGAUGUCUAAUUCAAUUGUAAUUACAAAAUUUAAGCCAAAUUUCAAAACAAUACAAACUAGUCUUAUACAGAGAAAGCGAGAGUCUUCAAACAAGAUUCGACUUCUCUUUAUAAUGUGUUCUAUAAAAGUUAAUUAACUAUUCAAAUGCAAUUGGUCUCAAGUUUAACAGAAAUUCCUAAACAAUUUGAACUAAUUUAACAGAGAUUGAAUUGUAAAGAAAUAUUGAAAUGCAAUUAGUCUCAAGUUUAACAUAAA